CCUAUGCAGUGUCGCCUAAUGUCUGUAACUAACUUAAUACAUCGGGACAGGUCUUAUUCGGUUAUAUUAUUUAAAACAGCGAUGCAGGAAAGCAGAAGGAGCAGUUUGUACACUAACUGGGUGUACAGACUAUAGACAACUGCUGAAAAUAGUACUCAAAGUAAUGUUUAACAAUCGGACGCAUUUUGGAAUUCAGCCCAGCAGAUCUGGAUGGCCUUGCAAAGGAAUCUAAGUGAGAAAAAGUAGUCAAGGCUAAAGUAAGAAAAAAAAAAUCUAUAUUUUGCGCAUAGCUGAGAAGCCUAGGGAGAGCAAGCUCUUGGGGUCACCUCAUUGUCCUUUGGAUUAACGUCUGUAGGUUCUCCUGUGUCUGAUCCUCAGUGAUUCUCCUGUGGAAGGUGGAUCUGAGAGCUUCACUUCUUGGACAUUUUGCAGACCUGCCUCCCAGACUGUAAUGAUCCUUCCCUUCUCUUCCUGCCUCUCAGCUCCAUCCAACAGAAAAGUGGAAGGAAGAAUCGUCUAACUUCCCACUACCAGCCACAUCUCCCCUUCUUAGCUGUGGGCAGACAGUCCUGGACAUGCGGACUAUUGGACUGAUUCUACACCUCAGCUGGAAUCCUUGUACCAGCUCCUAAAUUCUGGGAGGAUUGGAUUCCCUUUCGUUCUGGACUCAGCAUUAUUCCUGCUUGCACUAGUAUAUCUUUCCCUCCAUGUACUGGAAAAGUGAAAAUGCUACCCCUCAUUCAGAGGGCAACAGCCUGGAUCCUGAAGAGGAGUCAGCAGGAAAGGUGAUGUCCCAAGACCAGCAGAUCCCCAUGGGGACAAGUCGAUGUUUGGAAACCAAGAGUCCUCACAUAAUGUCACAGUCAGAUGAUGAAAAUCUGCCAUGUAAUUUGGAGAAAGAGGAGCACUCAUCCCCCAGCCCUCCCUCCACUCCAUCUGUGUGCUCCCCACCAUCUUCUUCAUCUUCUUCUCUACCUUCCGAUGGGAAAAACAUCUGCUCCAGCUGUGGCCUGGUAAUCCUAGACAGAUACCUGCUUAAGGUGAAUAAUUUAAUUUGGCAUGUCAGGUGUCUGGAGUGUUCCGUGUGCAGGACGUCGCUGAGACAGCACAACAGCUGUUAUAUCAAAAACAAGGAGAUAUUCUGUAAAAUGGAUUACUUUAGCCGGUUUGGUACCAAGUGUGCGCGAUGUGGCAGACAGAUUUAUGCCAGUGACUGGGUGCGAAGAGCCCGUGGGAAUGCUUACCACUUAGCAUGCUUUGCAUGUUACUCCUGUAAAAGGCAGCUGUCCACGGGGGAAGAGUUUGGCCUGGUGGAGGAGAAGGUCUUAUGCAGAAUCCAUUAUGACACCAUGAUAGAAAACCUGAAACGGGCAGCUGAAAACGGCAAUGGUAUCACAUUGGAAGGAGCAGUACCAUCAGAACAAGACAGCCAGCCAAAACCAGCAAAAAGAGCACGCACAUCAUUCACAGCAGAACAGCUGCAGGUGAUGCAGGCACAGUUUGCUCAGGAUAACAAUCCUGAUGCACAAACCCUUCAGAAACUUGCAGAUAUGACGGGACUAAGCAGAAGAGUAAUCCAGGUUUGGUUUCAGAACUGCCGAGCACGACAUAAAAAACACACGCCUCAGCAUACAGUGCCUCCACCCGGCCCUACACCAACCCGUCUCACCUCUUCACUUUCAGAUGACAUUCACUUCUCCCCCUUCAGCAGUCCAGAGAGAGCUAGAAUGGUCACAUUACAUGGAUAUAUAGAAAGUCAGGUACAGUGUGGGCAGAUGCACUGCAGACUCCCUUAUGCUGCUCCUCCUGUGCAUCUCAAAAGCGACAUGGAGCCACUAUCUAACAGAGGAGAUAAGGUAAUCCUUUUUCAGUAUUGAACAUCAUCUUCUGCCAUUGGUGAUGACAUACUGCCCUUCCUGCCUGGGUCAUAAAGAAUUCAGCACAGAUUGACACCCAGCACAGAAGACAUCAUGUGUUCUCCUUGGCUUUUAUUCUCUAUGAGUGAAGUGGCCAAUAUAUAGUGGAGACUUUAAUAUUUCUUCAAAAGAACGUAGACUUUGCUUCUCGGGAGAGCAGCUAAACCAUCACAUUAAAUUAGUUGGCUGGAUUUCCUAUGGGUAUCAAUUCAAUACAACCCAUUCCCAGAAGGAAUUUGUCAUCCACUGCACUUGUACGGAAGACUAAUUACUGUACAGCCAGAAUGAGGAGGCCUCAUUCUGAGGAGACCUCAUUUUCAGUCUAAAGAACAUGAAGUUGACCUGAGAUGUUGCACCUGGUUGGAUAAUGCUCAUUCAAUAACGGUGACUAAGUGUAUGCAUUAUUUGCAUAACCAGACACAGCAAAGUCUCUUUAAAGUACAGCCUCACUUAUAACUUGAUUUGUUGGUACAAUAAAAGAUGUAACAACCUACAACAUAAAAUGUAAGUUCCAAACUCUUAAUAAGCUUCUCUACCCAAAACAUUUUGUCAUGUAAACGUUACAACUUAUUGAAUUUCUUGUCUUUAGUUUCCCACACCUCUACUGCUUGGAGUAAAUCAUCUCUACACUAGAAUUAUAUAAAAAAAAAAAUGGUUAGACCUAUAAUAUUAGAGAUUUGGCUCUAGUCUGUUAUCUCUCCUUGAGCGUCAGAUUAGCUUUGAUUAUACCAAAAACCAUUUAAAUGUUUCUCAUCAGUUACUGUUAUUAUAUUUGGGAACAUUAAUCCCACAGCCCAAAGCUCUGCUAAAAUGAAGAACUGUUAGGGCAUGUUUCAGUAUUGUGAAAACUAGCCAAAUGAAUAAGACUACUUUAGUUUACUUUACCUCAUCAUAUAGAAAAUAUGGGGAUAUGUAUCAAGCAGUGUAAAGAGUGGAGAAGUUGCCUAUAGCAAUCAAUUAGAUUCUAGCUAUCUUUUUUUUAGUAUAUUCUAUAAACAAUAGGUAGAAUCUGAUUGGUUGCUAUAGGCAACUUGUCCACUUUUUACACCACUUGAAAUGGGGGAUGUAGCCGUCGGUAUUGUGACCGCCAGUCUCCUGAUCGCUGGUCACAUAACUACAUCCCCUUGAAACUUCUCUCUAUAGUUUGAUAGACAACAAUUCCUCAUCACGUCAGAAAACUAUUGUGAAUCAGAAACAUUAUAUUGCCUAUUUAUCACUUCAAAGUAUUCAUCAAUUUCUUCUGAUCAGAAUUUUAAAAUAAGUUUUCCAUUUCUAAGUUCUUAUCAAAAGCACAAAGCCACACAAUUGACGUUUUGGUGGGUGACAUCAGCAUAAACCAGUUAGUCUCAUCACUUUGAUAAAGAAUAAGAAAUAAUUGGGAUAAUUAUUUGCAUGCACAAUACCAUCUGCAUUUCUGAAAGAUCUCAUUUAACUAACAUUGAGGCAUUAAAUAAGAAAACAAGAUGGUAGAUGAAAAAUAUAUACACCACGGGCGUAUGGCGUAUCUAUCUACCAUUUUUUCAUGCUGUUUAUUUUAUACUUCAGUUUAUUGUUAAACCUUUUGCAUUACAAAGAGUGCAUAUCAGACCAGAUGUUAUAGUGCAUUUCUGUCCCACUUUUUUUUGUCAGUGAAUUUAUUUUUGUACGAUAUAGAGGCACACACAUUAAACUUUGUAUGUGCAACUCAUCAGCAAGUGGAAUUGCAAAAAGAAAAAAAAAAAGUUAAAGCUUAAAAUACACACUAUCCAAUUUGGGGAAUUAUCAGGCCAAUCAACAGAUACUGCCAGACAACUGUGUAUACAGGGGCGCUGGAAUGUUUGUAGCCGAUAAAUGUUCCUGUAACCUUCCGAUUGAGGACACUAGAGAGCAUGUGCGGCACACGUCAUCCCCAUCAUCCUGAUCCCGUUUUAGAGAUGAGGCAAGAAAAUGCCCAGUAUGUAUGUGUAUGCACCAAUCCAAUAUUCACUUCAUUGCAUCGGAGCGUUUAGGAGACAUUGGGAAAAAGAUCCGGUAAUGUACAUAUGACUUCUCACUCAGUCUUUACGCUGAAAGUAAGGAGGAGUUAGGAUUGUUAGGAGUUAGGAUUGUCCAUAUUUAAAAUACCAUCAUUAUUUGGUUUGUCGUUUUAAAUACAUUGCUAUAAUAGCUGCACUCAGAAAAUAGAACUCAUUUGAAAACAGCUGCAAACAUCAUCUCAAAAAGUUUAAAUGCACAAUGGAAAAACUAUAUGACACAGCUCACACUUAUAGAUCAUUUUACGAUAUGGUAAAUCAAUUUUGGCACCGUCACCUACUUAGCUGUGACUACUCAUAAGGAACCCUUAUGUUAAACUUUGGAAAACGUAAAACCCCGAUUAUACGGGAUUGUACUAACUGUGGUGCAGUUUAACCGGGGCAGCUAAUUUUUUUUAAUCUGUUUUUAUACUCCUCUCUGGUAAUAUAUAUAUGCUGUACAGUAGUCCAAGCUAGGCUGCACAUGUUCCUUUCUGGCGCACACCCCUAUGUAUUUGACUUUUCAUUUCGAAUAAUGUCCACAUUAACAGCUAAUCCACCACCUGCCUGGAAUAAAGGCCUGACCCAGAGCUAUGAUGCAAUUAAUAUUAAAUAGGCAAACUAGAUGGCUCCAAACAAAUUUGUCCUCACCAUUCUAUAUUUCUGUCACUGUCCUGUAAAUGUAGAAAUCUCAUAUAGUUUAGGAAAGACAACAUGCUAUAGGUUCCGUUCAGAAGCUGUGAUGCCUAUUCAGACGUCCUGCGGGGCUUUGCACAAAAAGAGCAUUAUACUCUUGUGAAUUUAGCACUUGGUCUUGAGGAUGAAAUCAUUUCUUCCGUGUGCUAAGACUAGCUGCUAUAAACACCUACAUUCAUUUAUAUGUGGAUAUACCAGAUGCUACUGUCACUUGGCAAAACGUGCCUGGAAUAUUUGCCAGUUACUUUGCAAAAAAGGAAAAAGGAACAUUUAAAUAUAAUUUUAUCCUGCAUAUAAAUACAUGCAAAAAAUUACUGAAAUACAGAACACAAUCACGUUAAGACAUCUCUUUCAAAUACCCUUCAUAAAGGACUCCCUCUAUUAAGGAACUUCCUAUAAUUCCUUUACACCAUACAAAGAUGCCCUUGAAUAGGCAACUACAUUCCUGCUGCUUUUUUGACACUUAGCGGAUAUAUUUCAUGACAUACAGGUUCUACAAAUAAACUGGUGAUCAGCUGAAAUAUAGCGUACUGUAAUUAGCUAAAAAUUCUGCAUAAUUAUGUCAUACUUGUGCAGAAAAGGUGGAAUAAUUAUGUAAAUGAUGGAUUGAUUAUAAUGAGAAUCAGACAAUUUACAAUUUCAUUUACCAGCACUCCUUCACUGCCAGAACUUUCAGGUGUGUAAACACAGUAACUGAAUAUGAGAUGCACAACAGAGCCCCCACAUACCGUACCUUAUGUGAAUUAAGCAAUCACAAAGACUCCCUGUUUCCAAAAACUGGUUUCAACCGCUGCCAAGUUCUGAUGAAUAUUCUAAGCCAGAUUUAAAACAGACAACAAAGUAACGUUGAUGCAUUAGUCCAAGUGGACUUUUUUUUAACUUUCCAAUCCUGCUUGCUGAGGAGUCGUACAUACAAAGUUAAAGUCUAUUGCCUGCUCACCUGGAAUGUCCAGGAUACUCCAGAGUUUUGAGGAGUCCCAAGGAUUCCCAGGAGAGCUGUUCACCCUCCUAUAUGAACUCUCCCAGAGGGAACCAUACAUACUGUAAGUAGGUAAGAGUUCAGUGGGUGUGUAAAACCUUGUGAGCAAAUGGCCAAAUAUAUUUCCCGUUCCACUAACAUGAAAGAUUACUGGCACAAAGAAAAGCAAUGAUGCUAUAUUUCAACUCCGAGCCAUAUAAAUGGUAAUAUGGAACAUAAAACAUAUGCAUGAAAGGCUACUAGGUUGGAGAACAAAGUAUAGGGGCACAGGUAGAUAGAUGUAAAAGGACAAUUGUAGGAGAAAUGUUGGUAACUGUUAGGACACACAUUGCACUUGGUAAUCUUAAUGAGCUCUAAGAAGAAAAAAAAUGCCUUCAGACCAUGGUAAUAAAUUGGUGCAGGAUGCUCAGCAGUGUAAUAGCUGCAAUGUAAUGAUGUCAAGAAAAUAAGGAAGAGAGCCAGGCUGUUUUGGCACCAGUGGAAAUAGGUUUUUGUGAGAUACACAAUCGAGUAACAUUAUUAUGACCACCAGCUAGUAUCCAGAGUAACCGCCAUGUGCAGAACAGAGAGCUUCUAGACGGGCUGAAUUGUCAUUUUAGACACGUCUGGUAGCCCCCAGGUUCAUUUUGACAGUGAGCUGCUCCACUGUACCGUGUCGGUCAGCCCUCACACACCUUCAUAGCUGACGUUCACCUCUCACAUGUGGUGCUACGCAGUUUCCAUGUCGGUUAUUCGCAAUGGUGCCAUGUGUCCAGUCAUGAUACACCUUCACAACAGCAUGUGAACUGCUCACAAACUGCGCUGUUUUAGAAAUACUGUCACCCUUGGCCCGAAUGACGACAAUCAUUCAUUUUUGCAACCCAGAUAAAUCGCCCCUUUUACCCAUGACAACAGCAAGCGAUAUGAGGGGUUUUUUCAGAGUUGUUAGCAAACCAAAAAAGUUUGCAAUUGGGCAAAACCAUGUUGCACUGCAGGUGGGGCAGAUGUAACAUGUGAGGAGAGAUUUAGAUUUGGGUGGGGUGUGUUCAAACUGAAAUCUAAAUUCCAGUGCCAAAAUAAGGCAGCAAGUAUUUACCAUGCACAGAAACAAUAUAACCCACCCAAAUAUAAAUCUAUCUGCCCCACCUUCAGUACAACAUGGUUUUGCCCAAUUGCUAACUUUUUUGGUUUGCUAACAACUCUGAAUAACCCCCUGUGUGCAGACAGUCUAUCCACACACCCUAUAUACCCACCAAGCCAGAGCACAACUUCAGCAGGACAGUCCCAUUUGUCUAGGCCUGUCCCAGUUUCCUGCGGUAGGGUGAGUUGGGCGGAGGGCGCAUGUGCACAGCAUCCAUUCACAGUGAUGGGAGAGACUGGGGGCAGGCCAGCAUCUCAGAGACUGCUGGGCAUGCCCCACAAUGAUGGGAAUGGGGAUACGAUGAAGCUCCACCCCCUUUCCCUGAGGCCUCACCCCCUCCACGGUCAGCCCCUUUCAUGGUCCCACUCUAUGAACCACCAAUGCUAGGAAGUAUGUAGUAUUAGUAUUUAUAGAAAGGAGGCACUCAUUACUAUAUAGUAAGAGGCCCCAUUUCCUUUUUUGCAACCUGGUACAGACCUGCCAGGGGUACCAGGAGGGGACUAAUACUACUUAACAUUGGUUCUGGCAUUCCUAAGUGUUGGGGCUAAUUAGCAUGACCCAUUGAGGCAGGGGAGGGUUUUUUCUAUUUUUUUCCUUACAGGCUGACAGGCAACAUACAAUAGCUGCAGUUAUCUAGUCUGUCACAACCACCUCAUUUUUAAGCUGUUUUUUUUUUGGAGUGUUUACCUGCAGUUUCCAGGCUAAUGUGUCUGGCAAUCUCUAAUUUUUUUUAAUGUAAAACAACUGGGAUGACAGUUUACAUCAGAGUGAGCUUUAAAAUGUCAGUUUUGCUAUGAUAAAUCCAGAGUUUGCUGAUAGCCCACAAAUAAUGCCAAAGAGAGUCAAAUUGCUUUUCAGAAAUCCUCCCAAAUGCUGUUCACACACAUAAAAUAUUGGUGUAUCAAUUUAGUCAAUUCAAUCUAGUCGAGCAAACAUUGUACAUAAUGGGCAGUAUUUAAUUCUGUUCACCCCCUUCCACACCCGUUACGUUUCUGCUGACGUGUGUGUUAUAAUCAUUUCAGCUUGCUACCCUCGGGGUAGCGAGGGCGCCCUACCAUUUACGCAGCUAAACCUGAUUACUAUGGACACGAUUUGUGUGAUAACGGGGAUCACUUUAGAAAGGAGAUUGGGCGUGAUAUAUCAUUUGAAUACCGCCCCAUGUCCGUAUUUGAAAAUCACUGAAUUUCUAACCAGAUUGCAUAUGAACUGGAAGGUUCAUCAGUCCAGUCCUUGAAUAUGAUAGUAGUGUGUGUGUCCAAUAUCUAUUGCAGUCCAAUUUUAUCUAAUUAUUGCAGUCUGGGAUUAUUUUGCAUUUACAUGUGUUUAGUAUAAUUGCUGACAGAACCCAUUGCAACGUGUGUAGGCAACAUUAGUCUUUUUAUUGCAGGACUUUUACUGAAAACUUCAACAAUGACAAUUACAUUUAUUUUGUAGGAAACUCUUUUUCUAAAAUAGUACUUUGUUUGAUACCACUAACAGUUGAAUUUAUGAGCACCAACCCAUUGUAGUGGUGGCAUUUACAUUUCCCCGAAAUCACAUCUACUUUAUUUUACUGUAAAUUUUCAUUCAUAUUUGAAUAAUAAGACUUAAUUUGCCACUUUCAGCUUGUAUUGUUAAUAUAUAAUGAGGCUCAAUCAUCUACAAUGUAUUGCCCCAAUUCCUCGUUCUGCUUACGCCAGAAUUGGAUAAAUCCAACAUGUUGGAAAUCCUCAAAUUGUUAAUUUCGACCCAAAAAAAUAUUGGGAUUGGGAUCUUUAACAUAAUGAAAUUCCCUGACAGAUUGCAGAUCAUCAAUGUCGCCAGUCGCUAGUUUUGAUUUCAUGUUGCUUUAUGCUUGUCCUCCUUCAUUUUAGCCAUAGGGUUACAGAGUAAUGAUCAUUUGCUGAGGAACAGAAGGUUGCAUAGGCCAAGUGGACUAGUUUUUUUAGAGGGAGAACCUACAGUAGUUUUACACAGCAGUGCCAAAUAAGGUUUUAGUUUUCAAAGUGAGAUAACUGAAAUGAGCUAAAGGGGCUGCAGACUACUGUGUCCUACAGGUGGAAAACCAAGACAUUUUGUGGUGCGCUUCCCAUAUGCUGUGUAAAUGACACCCAGAGCAUCUGCAGGGUACUGCAAUUCAGAGGUUGAGUAAUCUUAGUCCAUUACCUUUACAUAUAAACAUAAAUCAGUAGUAACCUAACACUUUAAAUAACUGUACAAGUACGCAAGGCUGCUGUUAGGCUGUCAGUGGGAAGACUCUGGUAAACAUUUUUUGAUGUCCCAUAAUAUGGAAAUUUACUUUUAAAAGACUUAUCUAAACCAACAAAUCAAAACAGUGGGGCAGAGGUAUUAAGUCUGGAGAAGUGAUAAAGCAGUGAUAAGUGCAAGGUUAUAAUGCACCAGACAAUCAGCGCCAAUAUGUAAAUUUACAAUUAGGAGCUGAUUGGCUGCUGUGUUAUCACCUUGCACUUAUUACUGCUUUAUCAAUUCUCCAGGCUUACAUCUGCCCCAAUGUUUCUUAAUGAUCACUUUUUGUUAUGUCAUGUAUUCUCCUGGACUCCAAAUAUUAAUCUAUAACUAGUAUCACACUAUUGAGAAUCAAUUGUCAAUUUCUACUUAAUGAUGUUGCUGUCAAGUUGUCUAAAAUAGAUUUGUUGUCCUCUGGUAUGGGAAACUACAGAAAGGAUUCUGUGAGUAAAUUGUGUAAUAAUGGGAAUAAAUUAUUUUGUAAACCAUCCAUUUGAAUAACACUUUACCAUUAAUCAGAAGUAACAUGGUACGUACAGUCAGGGUUAAUGGGUCAUUGAUUAGACCCAUAUGCAAUACAAGUGCUGCAUGUUUCACUGCAGUUAACUUCUCAUGCAUGCUGCAUAGAAACAUGUAAUCUAAUUGUAAUGAAACCUUGCAUUAAGUGUAUUUCAAAUGGUUCUAUAUUUACAUGGUUGAUUUGGCAACCAUAUUUGGUGAGACAAAAUUUGCCUGUACGGAUCCACUGCAAUGCUGGACAAAGUCAUCAUUAAUAUAUUCCAAGUCUUCUCUUUAUCUGCAUAUAAGCGACAAAAAUGGGUAAUGGACAAAUCUCCUACUACCACAUGGCCACUGUUGGUACCUGUACAAAUUAUGAACAAUGAAUGACCCAGAACUAAAUCAGUUCAAGGUUUUACCUCUAAUCUGCAAGUCUUCACCAAGAUGGCGGUGAUGGCUUAUAAAAUCUGUUCGCAUCCAGAUCAUCACCAAAGCAUUCUCAAAUGAACUGUUUUGUUAUUGUGUGUUGCAAUCAGACAUUUCUUGGUUAACAUCUUAGGCCUCGUACACACUGGCACCAGUAAAACACAGAUGAGGUGUACACGGUGCGUAGCAGUGAAUGUGCAUUCUAUGCACUGUGAAUGCUUUCAGAAUUAUGGUUCACUGAACCCUUCGGCAAAUGCUCACUUGCAGGGUGAUCUUCAGAUAUGAGGCAUCGUGUAUGCUACGCAUCGUGUAUGCCUUAUUGGAGCCUGUAUGCGAGCCCUUAUUUAGGUAAAACAAAGAUUACCGCAAAUGUAAUAUUUAUUUAUUAAAGAAAAAUGUGUAAGCACUUUUUUUUAAGUAUGUCUGUUUUGUUAUAUAUACUUUUAAUGUUGUGCAUUGUAAAAUGUCCUAUUUGUGUAUUAAAUAAAGUUACCUUGGGUGGAAGUGCUGGCACUUAA